AUGGCUGUGCUCGCUGUUCGCAAUCGUCACGUCAAAGGUGCGAUGCCCGUGGGCGUGCAAGUUUUGCGGAGACAAUUGCGAGGCUCGCGCACUAACUACUGUGGUGUCAUAUUAUUCACCUUGGUUUACAAUGCCUAUGUCAAUAACUGCAAUGGAAUCCUCUUUCCUCAUGGAUUCAAAUACUCGCUGUCACAAAAGAAGGAUGAUCAUGAAUUCAACGAAUUUCUACAAAAUUUGGUUGAUUAUCUCCAUCGACAUGUGGUAUGCGUGUUUCGGGAUUCUCGCAUCGAUACAGAGGAGUACUCUCUUCUCAAGUCACUUAUAUUAUUCUCUGGAGUGCUUCCGUUGACUGACGCUGGAACGGAAAUUGUACUCAGAGCUCGUCGAAAGUAUGCUGCCCUUCUGGCAGACUUUGUGGCCGCCACACGACUAGAUCUUACCCAGGAGGAGCAGAUGAAAAGGUUGACGCAACUGUACAGCAUCGUCCCUCACAUGAUGCACGCCUCGGAAUACGAUAAUGUCUACUGCGGGAAGAUGGUCGUUCUAAACAUGGGCAACAUGUCCGGAAGUCUUUCCUAUGAUCUUCAUUUGCGCAAAUUUUGA